GGGAAAGAUGAAGAUCGAUAAGUUCAUAGAUAACAUCAAACUUCUGUUUCACCAAUGGGAAUUGGGAUAUUCCAUUAUGUUUAGCAUAACAUUGCAGGCUUUUCUUAUAUUUUGGACAUACAAAAGAAGGAAUUUAGUUGGAACCGUGAGAAAGACGUUGUGGCUUGGGAUUUUCCUUGCUGCUGAUUUCGUUGCAACGUUGUGUCUAGGAGCCAUCUUUCACUUGCCUUUGGGACCGAGUGUGUCAUCAUCACCUGAUGAUCAUAACAAAAAAAUCAAGAACCUUUUGAUUAUCUGGUCACCCUUCAUCCUACUACACUUGGGCAGGCACAGUACACUUGUAGGAAUUUCCUUGGCAGAUAAUGAAUUCUGGCUGAGCCAUUUCUUUAAAUUUUUAUACUAUGAGUUCAUAGCUCUGACGAUAAGUAUUCUGGGAUCCUCGACAAGAUGGUUCACUUUGGCAUCGCGCAUCAUGUUGGUUGGAGGCUCUUUAAAGUUUGCUGAAAGAGUUUUGGCGCAUAAAAAAGGAAGCAUGGAUGAGCUCCGUAGAUCCAUUUUCAAGGAAAAUGGCCCCGGUGGCCUUGGCAUUUUGGAAAUCAAUCAAAUAUUAGAUCGUCUCAUUAGCGCACAUAGACAAGGCCAUCUUCAAGAACAAUUUCACAAUGAAGAAAAUGAUCAUCUAGCCGAUGAUGCUAACAAUGAAGCUGAUGUUCUUCCUGUGGCCUCCAGGGAAGCAAAUGUAGUAGCCCUGUGUGAAGCUUAUCAUGCUUUCAACAAGCACAAAGACCUGUAUGUUGAAAGUAGGUCGUACGAAGAUUGCUACAGGAUUAGAGGUGGGCGUUGGCGCGGAGAAACUUUUAACCUCGUUGAUGCUGCUACUGCUUUCAACAACAUAAAGAUGGAACUAUGUUUUGCAUAUGACCAUUUCUACACAAAAAUGGCAUUCUUGCAUACUUGGUGGGGCUGGAUUGCCCGAUUUGUAAGCUUACUUUCAGUAUUUAUCGCGCUUAUCCUGUUUUCUGUUGGAGUUUUCACCAACGAUGAAUUUAACCGAGCAGACAACUUUGACAAAAUUGUCACCUUUCUCCUGAUAAUUAUGGCAUUCCUCCUUGAGGCAGGGAGUUUGAUUGAGUCCAUACUGUCGAAACGCUUUUUGGUGCAGAUAGGGAUCCGUAAGGGGAAAAUGUGGCGUCUUUUGGAAGGAUUUAUUGUAAGGCUUCCAGGUAGAUGUAUAAUCACCCGAGACAAAAAUCCUACCUUAAAGAUAGGACAGUUCAGCUUACUUCCUUACUGCUUUAAUGAUUCCAAGCAGAAUGCCCCUUUUAAAAAGUUCUUAGGCUAUUUUGAUCUGAAACAGUUCUGGAAUAACCUUAACUACAUUAGCCGUAUCUCCAUUGAAGACGUUUAUGAUCAUCGGCCCGAUGAGGAAAGCAAAUUCCUAAAUUUGGUCUUUGACUGUAUUGCACAACGACUAAGGAGAGAGCGGAUGGAGGAUGAUCACUUCAGGUUCCAAUCUCUCAUCAGCACAGCUGUGCGUGACCAAAUACCUGAUCAUUUCUUCGAAUCCACGAAUUUUGAAGAAUGUGUUAUAGUUUGGCACAUAGCCACAGAUCCCUGGACACACUAUAGAUCCGCCCCUGGCUACAGAUUAUACUAUCACUUGGAGGAAUCACAUUAUCUUCAGUAUGCCAAGUACCUCUCAGACUACAUGUUAUAUCUACUGCAAGUUCAUCCAGAGAUACUGUCACCACUGACAAGAAAAGAGCUACAAAGCUAUCGAAAUGUAUGUGAUGCAACUAACAGAUUCUAUGAUGACAUGGAGAUUCAGAGUCAGGUAAUAACAGAGAUCGUCGAUAAGAUUGAACCUGCAUACACUAAUUUACGUGGAAUCCCAAGAGAGAGACGACCAAGGAACAUCUCUAACUUGUUACUAGAUGGCUAUGAACUAGCUCGAGAGAUGGGUUGUCAACGUAUCCGGGAGUAUAGGCUAGGUGAAGAAGUGGAUAACACAUGGAGAGUGUUAUUUGAAGUCUGGGUGGAUAUACUAUCCUAUUCUGCAGUUUUUGUUCCAGGGAAACAACACGCUGAGCAUCUUGUCACCGGUGGAGAGUUCAUAACAUAUAUCUGGUUGCUUAUCGUCUACUUGAUCGAGAACUGAUCGAUUAUUAUUGUUUUUUUUCUUUGUUUAAACUUUCUCUCCAGUUCAAUGUAUACUUGGAUGCUAUGUACUGGGGGAAAAUGCUGUUACAAAAUAAGAUGUUGAAUGAUCAAGAAAGCUUUUCAUUUUAUUCACUGAA